AUGGGCUGCCACGCCCGCCUACUUUGGCUGCUGUUCUUCUACGGUGUGAUUCUUCCUGAAGCAGCUUGCUACAGGAGGGACAUCAGAGGAUCCGGAGCAAAGCUGGGGAAGGGGAAGCCUAAGAGAAGCCCCAUUCAAGGCAUGUCUGUGGAGCAGCAAGACGGGAAUGGCCAGGAGCCACUGGUGGGGCCCCAAGUUCUGCCUGCUGCCAUAUCAACUCAACCAUCUUCUAAACUGGCCUCAAGUUCCACGGCACCAGUUCCACCUCUGGUCGACUCAGUGCCCCUUAGUCGAAGGGCGCAGGUGCCCCGGCUCAGCCUCCAAGGUGCUGACAGUUCACCAGACCGCACUCCAGGACUAGAUCCCAAGCCAUAUAAACCAUCAGGAGGCUGGCUCCCUGUGCGGCUGGAAGGCAACCAUGGGAGAUGUGCAGGCCGUGUAGAACUCUUCUACCAGGGAGUCUGGGGGACUGUGUGUGAUGACCUCUGGGAUCUGUCAGAAGCAAACAUCAUCUGCAGGCAACUAGGGUGUGGCUGGGCUAUCUCUGCCCUGAGCGAAGCUUACUUUGGGGAAGGUUCUGGGAAGAUUCUCCUUGACAAUGUGCAUUGCAAGGGACAUGAGGAUCACCUGGAGGAAUGCUCCCACAUUGGCUGGUUCUCCCACAACUGUGACCACACUGAAGAUGCCGGUGUCAUCUGUUCAGAAUCCUCAUUCGUUGUCAUGGAUGAAACCAUGGUUUCAGACAGGUCUCAUUGUGGUGGUGUUAUUACCAAAGCACCUGGAAAAAUCAAGAACCCCCCAAUGAGUGAAAUGCAUGACAACAUAACCUGUGUAUGGGAAAUCAGGGCCAAUCCCUCUGAACGUAUAAGGCUGGCGUUCCCAUCUCUUGACCUUGACUGCACCAACGAGUAUUUUGAAAUCCUGGAUGGCCCUCCAUCUUCCACGGAGUCCCUGGGGAAACCCUGCAGCGGGUUCCAUAUGGCCUUCGCCUCCCACUCCAGCUCGAUGACGCUUGUGUACUUCCGAGGCAUGAACAACAUCGGGAAAAAUUUCAUGGCUUAUUAUUAUUUUGAAACCAAAGAGAUGACAUCGAAGAUGCCAUAUUUGAUCACCAUCCCCACGGCAGCUUCCAAGAUGGUAACGGAGAGACCAAGGGACUGGCCAGAGCUGCGGCUGGUGGGUGGCUCCAAUCGGUGCUCAGGGCGUGUGGAGAUCCUCUACCAGGGAGUCUGGGGCACUGUGUGUGAUGACCUGUGGGACCUGAAUGAAGCUGAGGUCAUCUGCAGACAGCUGGGGUGCGGAAAGGGUGUGUCUGCCCUUGGCAAGGCCUACUUUGGCCCUGGUUCAGGAGAUAUCUUCCUAGACAACUUUCAGUGUGCUGGGGUGGAGCACUUCCUGGGCCAGUGUGCCCAUUCGGACUGGAGAGACCACAACUGUGGCCACCAUGAGGAUGCUGGUGUCAUCUGCUCAGAUGCUGAAAAACCUCUGUUGGAUGUUCCAGGAGACUGGCCAGAACUUCGCCUGGUGGGUGGCUCCAGCCGGUGCUCAGGACGAGUGGAGGUCCUUCACCAGGGAGUCUGGGGCACUGUGUGUGAUGACUUGUGGGGUUCAAAUGAAGCUGAGGUUGUGUGCCGCCAGCUAGAGUGUGGUCAGGCUAUUUCUAGUCUCGGUGAGGCCUACUUUGGCCCAGGCUCAGGAGACAUCUUCCUGGACAACCUUCAGUGUUCUGGGAUGGAGCAUUACCUUGGCCAGUGUCCACAUUCGGGAUGGUCAGAACAUAACUGUGGCCACCAUGAAGAUGCUGGUGUUAUUUGCUCAGAUUCAGAUGGCCCCCCUCCACCCAUGCCACCAGGUCCUCCUCCAGCUUCUCGGGAUCCAACAACAGGAGGAAGCAACUCUUGUGGAGGGGUCAUUUCCAGUCUCUCCGGCUCAUUUUCCAGUCCAGGAUACCCAGAAAACUAUCCAACAGACAUCCAAUGUGUUUGGGAGAUCCAUGUGGAGAAAAACUUCCGCAUAGAACUCAUGAUUCCAAAUUUGAACCUGGAAGAUAUCCUUGGAUGUCCCUAUGACUCAAUUGAGAUCUUCGAUGGCCCCAGAAUUGCGUCACUGUCCAUGGGGAAGUUCUGUGCCCCGUCAGCUGUGGUAUUUUUCUCCUCCUCAGACAUCUUGACAGUGGUGUUCCGAAGUGAUUAUAUGACAACAAACACUGGCUUUUAUGCUUUUUUCAAUGCAAUUUCACAAGAUGGAAGGAGGUCAGAAGACAGACUAGUGCUGCGGCUGGCAGGCAGCUCCGGACAGUGCUCGGGACGUGUGGAGGUCCUCCAUCAGGGGGCCUGGGGCACUGUGUGUGAUGACUUGUGGGACCUGAAUGAAGCUGAGGUCGUCUGCAGACAACUAGGGUGUGGCCAUGCCAUCGCUGCUCCUGGAAGUGCCUAUUUUGGCCCAGGCUCGGGAAACAUCCUCCUGGACAACAUUCAGUGCUCAGGAAAGGAGAACCACUUUGGCCAAUGCCCCAGCUCUGCCUGGUUAGACCACAAUUGUGGCCACCAUGAAGAUGCUGGUGUUAUCUGCUCAGAUGCAGCGGUGACUCCUCCACCCUCAGAAGGAAGUAACUCCUGUGGAGGAGUCAUUUCAAGUCUUUCGGGAUCCUUCUCCAGUCCUUGGUACCCUACGAACUACCCCACUGACACGGAGUGCAUCUGGGAGAUACAUGUGGCUGAGAAGUUCAACAUUGAGCUAACAAUCCCCAGCCUGAAGCUAGAAGACAUUUAUGGGUGUCCUUAUGACUUUGUCGAAGUGUUUGAUGGAAAGCAAAUUGCCUCACUGUCCAUGGGCAAAGUCUGUGCUGGGGCAGAACUCACCUUCCACUCCUCUUCCAAUUUCAUGACAGUGGUGUUUAAAAGUGACGCCAUGGUCACCAACACAGGGUUCUAUGCUCUGUACAACACUGUUCACCAAGACGAAAGGCAGAACGGUCUGGCCUUGAGACUGGUGAACGGUAGCCACAGGUGUGAGGGCCGAGUAGAGAUCUCUUACAAUGGUACCUGGGGCACAGUGUGUGAUGACAGCUGGGACCUGACAGAUGCCAAGGUGGUGUGCCAGCAGCUCGGCUGUGGUGUGGCCAUGUCAGCCCCAGCUGAGAGCUACUUUGAGAGAGGCAUGGGCCAUAUCAUGCUGGAUGACGUGCAGUGCAUGGGGGAUGAAGCCAAGGUGUGGCAAUGCACACAUCACGGAUGGUUCUCCCACAACUGUGGGCACCAUGAGGAUGCCAGCGUGGUUUGCUCAGGUAUUGAUGCCACACCAAACAGAGGACCAGCAGAUGAAAAUUUCCAAUGUGGUGGUUUGCUCACAAAUAGUUCAGGCACCUUCUCCAGUCCUUGGUAUCCUAAGAAAUAUCCCACCAAUGUGCUUUGUGCCUGGGACAUACAAGUGGAUAGCAGCGCUCACAUCAGACUCACCUUUGAAGUGGUCAAGAUAGAAAACGUCUAUGGCUGCCCUUACGACUUCAUUGAGAUUUUUGAUGGUCCACAAAGUGAAUCGUUUUCCCUGGGGAGAUUCUGCUCAGAAACCAUCCCAGUAUUUACCUCUUCUUCGAGCCACAUGAGUGUGGUAUUCCACAGUGAUGACAUUGUCACCAACAUAGGAUUCUAUGCAUCUUAUGAGUCUCUGUUGCAAGAUGAGAAAGACCCAGAUGUGGCACUCAGGCUAGCCAAUGGCAGCCACCCAUGUGAAGGCCGUGUGGAGCUCUACUACAACAGCAGCUGGGGCACAGUGUGUGAUGACAGCUGGGACCUAAGAGAUGCCCAGGUGGUGUGCCGCCAGCUGGGCUGUGGAGGAGCCGUGGCAGCCACUGGCCGAGCACAUUUUGAGCGAGGCCUUGGUCCCAUUGUCCUGGAUGAUGUUGAAUGCAUGGGAACAGAAGCCAGACUGUGGCAAUGUCUGCACAGUGGCUGGUUUGCCCACAACUGUGGCCACCAUGAGGAUGCUGGUGUCAUCUGCUCAGCCUCUCUGUCUGGCCCAGUACCAUCAUUUCCUGUCCGUGAUAUGAUUUCAGAUAAUGUCACGUUGUUGGUAAAGCAGCCAGCGGUGUCCACUUCAACAGGUCUGGAUCUGCGGCUGGUGAACGGGACAAGAAGGUGCGAAGGCCGCGUUGAGGUGUACUAUGCCAACACCUGGGGGACUGUGUGUGAUGACAACUGGUCCAUAGAAGAUGCCCAGGUGGUCUGCAGACAGCUGGGCUGUGGUCCAGCUUUAUCUGCCCUGCCAGGCACCAGUUUUAGCCCUGGGUCAGGCAGCAUUAUCCUUGAUGAUGUCAACUGCACGGGAAGGGAGUCUUCCCUGGCACAGUGCCCUCACAGCAACUGGCUCAGCCACAACUGCGGGCACCAGGAAGAUGCUGGUGUCAUCUGUGCAGAUUCUGAAGCUAUUGGACAUCCAGCCACUUCAGCUCCUGAGGAACAUCCACACGGUUUCCAUCCAAUAGAUCUGCAGCUGGUGAGACUGGUCAACGGGAGAAGCCAGUGUGAGGGCCGUGUAGAAGUCUACUUCAAUGGGACCUGGGGGUCUGUGUGUGAUGAUCUUUGGGGCAUACAGGCCGCCCAAGUGGUAUGUCAACAACUGGGCUGUGGGAUGGCCCUGGCAGCCCCCAGGAGCAGCCUGUUCGGCGAUGGCUCUGGCCCCAUCUUCCUAGAUGACGUGAGAUGCUUGGGGACAGAGAGCAACCUAGGAUACUGCCGCCACCUCGGCCUGUCUGUGCACAACUGUGAUCACCAUGAGGAUGCAGGAGCCAUCUGUUCAGGUCAACUCAUGAUCAGGUUGGUGGAUGGAAAGAACCCGUGUGAAGGGAGAGUGGAAGUCCUCCACAAUGGCACAUGGGGCACUGUUUGUGAUGACCUCUGGGGAAUCGAGGAUGCCCACGUGGUGUGCCGGCAGCUGGCCUGUGGGGAGGGCGUCAGCGCCCUUGGGAAUGGCCACUUUGGAGAGGGCAUGGGGAGCAUCUUCCUGGAUGACGUGCGGUGCCAGGGCAGUGAGACCUCGCUAGGCCAGUGCCAGCACCAAGGCCUGUCUGUCCACAACUGUGGCCAUCAUGAGGACGCCGGUGUCAUCUGCUCAGCAUCAGCCACAGAGAUGACAACUUCACCCGACAUUUCUUCAACCUCAGCAGAAACAAGCUCUUCAAAUGAUGCAUCUUCAGCCUCCAUGGAAGAUGCCUCCUCUGAUACAUCUUUAACCUCAGCAGACGCGGCAAGUGGAGAGCCAACUGAUGUAUCGUCAGCCUCAGCAGAAGAUAACUCCUCUGAUGCAUCUUCAGGCUCUGCAGAAGAUACCUCCUCUGACACUUCUUCAGCCUCAGCUGAAUCCAGCUCUUCAACUGGCACUGCUUCAACCUCAGCAGACUCAAGCUCUCCGAAUGAUGCAUCUACAGUCUCCACAGAAGAUACCUCCUCUGAUGCAUCUUCAGUCUCCACAGAAGAUACCUCCUCUGCUACUUCUUCAGGUUCAGGGGAAUCCAGCUCUUCAGAUGAUAUGUCUUCAGCCUCAACAGAAGAGAGGAGUGGAGAGCUCAGUGAUGCAUCUUCAACCUCUGCAGAAGAGACAUCCUCUGAUACGUCUUCAACCUCAGCAGAAUCCAGUUCUACAACUGAUACGUCUUCAGCCUCGGCAGAAGAGGCAAGCUCCUCAGAUACUUUUUCAACCUCAGCAGAAGCAAGCUCUCCAAAUGAUACAUCUUCAGCCUCAGCAGAACUGUCCUCUCCAGACGACCCAGUUCCAACCCUGACAGAAGCGACUCUGCCACCUGACCUGCCUCUGCGCCUGGUAGGCGGGCGAAGCCGCUGUGAGGGUCGGCUGGAGGUGCGGCACCAGGGGGUGUGGGGAACCGUAUGUGACGACCGCUGGAACAUCAAGAAUGCCCGAGUUGUGUGCCGCCUCCUGGGCUGUGGUCAUGCGCUGGGCGCCCCUGGCAGAAGCCGCUUUGGGGCAGGCACAGGCCCCAUUCUGAUGAAUGAAGUGCGCUGCUCUGGCAUGGAGGACUCUCUGGAGAGCUGUGUCCACGCUGGCUGGAUAAGGCACAACUGCCACCACCGUGAGGAUGCCAGUGUGGUCUGUGCAGGUCACGCUGACUCUCUUGUGCCCAAGGAUAAUGCUCAGCUGUCCUGUUUGCCUCACCUCUUCCAAGCCGUCAUUGACCGAGGUUAUCUCCGGAGAUUAGGCUACUCCUCCUGGGACAUCCAUUUAAAUGACAGGAUGUGUCGUCCCCAAGUCACUGGGCGUUACCUUAUCUUCAAUAUCCCUUAUGGUCACUGUGGCACCAUCAGGCAGGAGCAUCAAGGCUCUCUCAGCUACUCCAACUCCAUCAGAGGCAGACCUCAAGGCCACCCUGGCCGAGUCAUCGUGAGGCACAAGGUGCCCCAGGUGAAGUUCACCUGCAAAGUGGAUGGCCAGUCUGCAGUGGAAAUUGUGCACGGGAGUGACACUCAGAAGGACCAUGUCAGCUACGAUGUGUCGAUUUCAUUCCUCCAGUCGCCUGCAUCCCAGAAUAUGGGGGUUGGAGCUCCUCCUUAUACCCAUCAGAGGGAAGAGGUCUUCCUGCAGGCCACCCUCCACAGCCACAAUCGCAAUCUGAGGCUCGUGGUGGAUACCUGUGUGGCGUCUCCCGACCCCAGUGAUUUCACAACUGUCAAGUAUGAACUGAUUCAGGAAGGGUGCAUCAAAGACAAUUCCUACUCCGACCUCCAUACCCCUGGGAAGAAUGUGGCCCAGUUCAAGUUCAACGCCUUCAGCUUCCUCAAAAGCUACGAUGUGGUCUACCUGCAAUGUAAGGUUGCUGUCUGCCGAAUCGGAGACCACUCUUCCCGAUGCUCACAAGGCUGUAUGAGGAGGGGAAGGAGAGGCACAGGCUCUGCAGAGGCCAGCGAAGAACCAACUGAGUUCUUCCAAACAGUGGGACCACUGAAGAUCCAUAGAGCAGGUCAUCAGAGCAAGGCCCUGGUGUGA